AGAUGGUUUUUCACCUUAGCCGCGUGCAGACGAUCGUCUUUCAAAGCUCAACCGCUGAAAUUUUUUUGAACAAAGUUGCGUCGGAAAAUUCAUCCGGCUUUCGUGAACGAAGAAAAGCGACAGGAAUUUUUUUUUCGAUAUUUUUUUGUGAAUUUUCAAAGUGUUCCUAAUUCCAGAAUUAAAUACAAAAAAUUAACAGCAAAAAAAAUGGCACAAUGACAGUGAUUUCCCUAGCAAAGGUUUCCUGAACACCCUUCCCCUUCCGCAAUCACGCAAAAUUCAUCCUAUUUGAUAAAGUGCGUGGCGUGUUAAAUUAUGGACAUAAAACCACUAUCGGAUGUGCAGAAACAAACAUUUCAGUGUUUAGUGGACAAAUUAAUUGCGAGGAAAAAGUUUACAACUAAAGAAACGGAGGAUUUCCAAAAGUUGGUGGAAAAUGCCCGAAACUCGAGGAAUUUGCAGAAAAUAAUGGAAACCUUCAAAGAUAGUGGAAAUAUUGAAGUAGAAAAAAUUGAGGAUAGCUUUAAAGAAGAGAACGGCAUUUAUCUUAAGGACACUGCCAGAAAAUUUCCCGGCGGUCAAACUCUCACACCUCGUCACACCAUUGAUGCCAUUCUGGGUCUCAACGCGGCAAGAAAUGGUGAUUCUUGUGGUGAGACACCAGAGAAUCCUAAUCUGCGAUAUACCCCAUUAAAUCACAUAAAAGGAGCUGACAAUCAAAUGUUGACCAGAAACAACUUGAGUGGCUCAUUCAACUUCCUCGAUGUGGAAAAAUACCAUCUUCAGCCGCAGCAGCUGAAUUACUCAGCAAAUCUCAAAUCAACCUCAAUGGAUGCAUCUCCCGUUGAGACCUUCGAUGAUGUCUACCCCAGUAGACCAUUCUGCAAGAUCCUCACACGUCAAAAUCCCUCAGCUGAGGACUACGACGAAGCUCUUUCACCAGGAGCUGAACCCAUCAAAGAUCUCUCACCCAAAAGGAAGCACUACGAAGACUUGGACACAAAUGGCGAUUCGAAGAAGCUCGUAGCGCUUGGCCAUGACGGAGCUGGGGACUACAUGAAGAAUUACAGCAGAGACUACGAGCCAAUGCAGAGUGACCCAAUGGGCGGUGAAGAGUAUCGUUCUGGUGAAUUGAGAAAUUCCAUCAUUGUGGAUGAUGCCAAUAGAGCCAAUGAUGAUUCAAGACCAAAUUCAAAUGUUAACUACGCCUCCAGUGAUGAUCUCAACAGGACUAAUUCAAGUGAACAGGGUGAAAAGAUCACUUCCGGAAGUGAUGAGGAAGCUCAAGAUGAUUCUUGCUCAAAAAAGAAGCACAGAAGGAAUCGCACAACUUUUACAACGUACCAGUUGCAUGAGCUGGAGCGAGCCUUCGAGAAGAGUCACUACCCGGACGUGUAUUCCCGCGAGGAGCUCGCUAUGAAAGUGAAUUUACCUGAAGUACGGGUUCAGGUUUGGUUUCAAAAUCGUCGCGCCAAGUGGCGACGUCAAGAAAAGUCGGAGAGCCUUCGUCUUGGACUGACCCACUUUUCGCAGCUUCCGCAUCGUUUAGCAUGCAACGGAAGCUCCCUACCGGUGGACCCAUGGCUAUCACCUCCAUUGCUUUCAGCAUUGCCAGACUUCCUCCUGGCAGGUUUCCUGUCGCAUCCACAGACGGUCUACCCAAGCUACUUAACUCCCCCACUCAGCCUGGCACCGUCCAACAUCUCCAUGAACAAUCUCGGCCUAAGUGCAGGCGGCCGCGUCAUUAGUGGUCCACAGAUGGGUGGCCCCGGAAGUGUUCGCCUCUCGCCGCCGGGUCAUCACGUUGUCAUGCCGCCGGCCACGAUGGCGUCGCAAAGCACCCCACAGACAUCACCACCGCGUCCACCGGCAUCACCGGCACACAGUGUCUCCAGUAGUCCCACCACGUCACCAAGUGGUCGUCCACCGCCGCCGGAGGCACAAACACUUCCGCCGGAAGUGCAAGAAAUUCAAACACCACAAGAUGGGCGUCUUCUGCCCAAGGAAUGCGCCAUAAACAUGACGAUGAACAACGCCGACAUCCGAACCAAUUCCAUCGCAACACUUCGCAUUAAGGCCAAGGAACAUCUCGAGAGUAUCAAUAAAGGGCUGACGAUAGCUUAGGCUAGUAGAUUUUAUUAGAUUAAAAUGAAAGAUGUUGAGGAAUGUGCUUUCUAAAAAAAAAACUUUAGCUGUUUUGCUAAUUUUGGCAAAUUACAUUUUUAACAAUUCAAAAAAAAUAGUUAAUAAAAAAUCCAAGAAUUAUUGAAAGAACAUUUGGAGAAAAAGAGAAGACGGUUUUCACGGAUUUCUUUUUUCAAUUUUAAAAAUUUGGCUGUAAGAAAUUAUUUAUUUCUUGUUUGAGAAAAUUGAGUAGAAAAUUCACAAAUAAAAAAAACAUUCAGCAAACAAUUUUC